UACGAAUUCCAUAAAUACCUUCUAUUUAUACAGAUCGGGUUCGGGAUUACCUGGAUCUAUUUUUAGUUUGUUUACGCAAUGUCCUUCCCUUCCCGACUGUGUCGUCUUUGUGUGAGGAUGGUUUGUUUUGUCUGUCUGAUUACUUAGGAUAAUGUUCCAUGGAUUUUGCAACAGAUAUUUAAACAAAUUUAUAGGACCUACCAAUACAGAGCAAUAAGAAAUAGAAAAGAGUGCAUUAUGGAAGCAGAUAGAUCAAACUAUGACAUCAUUCCCACAUCCCCUCUAGAGCGAUUCAAGCCCCUCCAAGUGGACCUCAAAAAGAGAUUGAAUACGUUCAAGAAUUAUCCCAAAAAUGCAGUAAAAAGCAAAGAAGAUCUAGCACAAAAUGGAUUUCAUUACAUUGGAGAUGGGAAAGAUGAUAAGGUCCAAUGUGUAUUUUGUGGGAUCAUAGUAAACAACUGGACAAAGGAAGAUGACAUCAUGUCGGAACAUCGUCGGUUUUCUAGAGACUGUAUGCAUAUCUACCAACUGGACCGCAAAAACUUCGGAUCAAUGAUGAACGGAGGUUUAUCACGAGCCGACCUCAUCAGCAACUCGCUAAAGGCUGAUAUUGGAAGGCUCCCACAGAUGAAAGAGCUCACUUUACGGUUGAAUUCCUUCCGUGACUGGAAAUACACUAAAGACGAAAAACCCAGUCCAGAGGCCAUAGCUAAGGCAGGUCUGUUCUACACUGGUAAGAAUGACACGACACAGUGCUGGUGUUGUGGGAAUCUACUAGAGGAGUGGGAGCCUGGAGAUGAACCCAAACAUGAGCAUGACGUCAACUUUCCUGAUUGCAAACUGGCAGCGCAUUAGAAAUGUGCAAGGAUAGACAACUCUUGAAUAUUUUUUUUUUCUAAAAAUCCAGAUUUGUCUUACUUGCUGUUUAUACAAAAGAUUGUAAACUCAGUUGCGGUGUAUAAACUUUUGAAUAGAGUGUCUCUCGUUUUCAUUUGACUUUUUUGGUGCUUUUUAUACAAGUUUCCAUUUUAAUGUUUUUCUUAUAUUCUUAUUUAUGGACAGGUUGACAGACAGACAAACAAAUUAUGACUUACAGAAUGACAUUCCGAUGACACAUGACAAUUUGGUAGCUAACCCUGCUAAUACAAAACUGUUACAAUUUACAGGGGAAAAAAAAACCUGUAAUCCAUCAAAACUCAGAAUUGUGUUAUUUGAAUCACAAUAAAGAAAGUUUUUACUGUCAUUUUCUCUUUUCAAAUUGUUAUUUUUUUUUUGUCAAAAUUGUUGAAAAUUGUUUUGUUGUUAAUGUUUGUUAUCUGUCACUAGUAUUUGUUUUGUCUUGUGUAAUGUUUGAUAAUUGCUUUGUCAAGAUAUCAAUAUUGUUUGUGAUAUAUUUGAAAGCUAACAAAUUGAACCCACAACAGUUUUUACUGUUCAAUAGAAAAUUCUAGGAUGCAUAUAUUUCCUAAACUUUUUUCACACCUUCUUCAACUGUGAGUUAGUCACAAUGUCCCACAAUGGGAUUGGAACAAACCACUGAGGGGUUGAAAUCCCAUUCAAUUAAUUAAUCACUGUGUAAAUUAUGAACACAUUUGAAGAAUGUUGCAUGUUUAAAGAUCCAAAGCAAUAGUGCACAUUGUCUCUGUAUAAAGAAUGUUUACUAAAAGAUCUGAAUUUUAUGUAAUAGUACACAUUUAGCAUGUAUCAUUAGUUUGAUGAUAAUUAUUUCAUGCAAGUUUUGAAGAUAUUAGAAAAAGAUAUAGUUUGGAACAUGUGAUAUAGCAAAUUGGCUUUACAUACUUCCAUGAUAGAAAGAAUUUAGAAUGAGAUCAAAUUUCAAUUGUCAAUACAUGGUUAAUAAUAAGCCACUGAUAAAUGAUUAGAAUUAAAGCUGUAGUCUUGGACUGUUUUAUGAUUUUGUCAAUUCAAGACAAAUCGGUCAAAAUCCAUCAAGUUAUCAAAUUAUGUCUGCAUGUAUAACAAUGACAACCAAUCAUGUUAUAGUUGUCUUAAUUAAGAAAGGAAUCGUGAAAGGUAAGUAAAUUUAAUGAAUUUUAAUUAUUUAUAAUAAUUUUCAUAACAUACCUAAAUGUUCAUUUAAAGUAGAUCCAGUGUUCUGUGACGUCACACUUUUUUGUAAAACUUUGAAUUCUUUAAAAAUUGUGCAAGAUAGUUUUAUUUAUUUUAUGUGAAUAUAAUCACAUGGAUGUAAUUAGAAUUAUUGGUAGGUUAAAGAUAUUUUCGCACUUAAUUUUAUACUUAAUUUCCAAAUUUUUAUAUAUUUUAUCUAUGCAAAGGGGAAAUAACUCUUUUUCUGACUUUUCUCUCAGUUGUAUGUCUAAAUGCUAUAGUUUUUCUUAUUCCAACGAUUAAUUUUAAAAUAUUUUUGUAAUUUUAGUUUUCUGAUAAAGUUGACAUUAAAAUUAAACAAGAAAAACAAAUUUCUACCUACAAGAUUUUACUUUUAACAGAAAAAAAAUACAUUUUUCUAAUGCUUAAAUAUGCUUUAGUUUGUGUUUAUCUGGCAUCUCAAAAAGUGUGAUGACAUGUAUAUUUUUUCUAACAAUUGAUGACAUUUAAGUCUAUUAAGUCGAAAUCAGUUCGGUUUUUCAACUUUCCUCAGAGAAUUUUACGAGUAUGGAGCUACCUUAAAUAACCUGUUAAAGUGUAAAUUACUUUUUAUUCCGCCAGAUCUUUUUUUCGCGUAACAGUUAUGCUAAUUUUUUAAGGAUAAGUGACCUGUUUUACUUAAAAAAUUCAAAUUGAGAAUUUUCUGUUUACUGGUAGUAAAGCUGAAUUUGCGAAAUCACGCGUAAAGAAAGAUUUGUUCCAUAAAAAGUGAUAAACAGUUAAUUAUAUUAUAUUUACUAAUUAUUUACCGUGUACAUACAGAGCUGUGUAUCUCAUAUUACUCUCUUGUUUUUACUCUGAGCUAUGAACUCUGGACAGUAAUCAAGAGAGGGGGGUAAUAUUAUCUGAUUACGCAAUUUUGUGAAGGUACGUGGAUACGCAUCAAAUUGAAAGAAACAAUAACAUAAAUAAAUCAAGUCAAGUUAAAUUAAAAUCUUAAAUUUGAUGUAUUCCGAGUGUAUUCUUAUAACCGUUUAAUAAUGAGCAUUCAUCAGUCUGCCGGGGAAUUGUUUUUCUUUCCAUUAUAUAUACUUGUACAUUAAACGAAUUAUAGAAUUGUUUCAUAAUCAGUUUGAUGUGUACGUUGUAUAUAUGUAAAUGUUUACACAUUACUCGAGUUUUAAUAUGUUGUUGUUGUUUACAUAGGAAUCUUUUUAUGGUAAGAUAUGGUGUUUUUUUUGAAAUAUCCUGAUACAUGAAACUAUUACAAAAGUAAAGGGAGGAAGUGUGUGUGUGUGGGAUGGGGGGGGGGGGGGGAGAAAUUGUUCAAGUAUUUAUACACAAAUCAAGAACAUACCAAAUGCUAACCGUAUGAAAAUUUCAUGUAUAUUUUCUUUAAUUUCACAAGAAAAAAAAUGUUCAGAGAAAUGGCUAUAUUAUAGAUAGAUACGGAAAAUAUAUGCUAAGUUGUAUAGUGAAAAAAAAUAUGAAAUUUUUUGUCAAACAUUGUAAUUAUGAAUUAAUCGCCCAUUUCUUAUUAGACCCUUUCUUUAUGCAGUUUAUAGAGUGCCUCAGAACAUUAUUAACUUAAUGGUAAAUUUUCAAAAAAUUUGAUUUUUUUUUGUAACUGCCUGGCUAUUUCUAAGUUUUAGAAUUUCUUAAUUAAUUUAUAUUUCUUAUGAAUGUAUAAAUAUUUUCAUUAGCUUAUUAUAUAUGUUUAUAAUUUAUAUUUUUAUGGUCUUGCAUUGUUUUGUUUUUUUAUCAAUAAAUUCAUGACAAUUUUC